AGGCGUCGUUUAUUUCGUUUCUUGACUUCCGUGACAUUGCUUUGCAUCUUGGAUACAUCUCUAGCCUUCCAGAAGAGCGUUUGCACUCUCAUGUGCACCAUUACGUUCUGAAAUAUUUACGGCGCAUGCGGAGUGGACCAGAACGAUAUCAACUCAGAAGCAGUAGUACAACCGACCACAGCACUAUAUUCGGAAUGCAUGGUAUACCUGAGGAGAGUGAUGCCGCCGAGUCUGAAGCUCUGCUUGACGACUUGAGUAAUAUCUCUGGCGAAGACAAACAAUCGCACAGGCGAAAGUUGAUACGCCGACUAGGACUGUCGUUCUUCCUCUUCGGUUUAAUCAAUAACGUACUCUAUGUUAUAAUCCUUUCCGCUGCACUUGACCUGGUGCCUCCCUCGACUCCCACAGGUAUCAUACUCUUCUGUAAUAUAGCCCCGUCUCUAGUUGCAAAACUCGGCUGGCCCUAUGUCCUCAAGGGCCGGAUACGAUAUUCCCGUCGGAUCCUGGGUUGCUGUUUGCUUAGUGUCGGUGGAAUGAUUGUUGUUGCUUUUUACGACAUUAUUUUCAUGAGACUGCUUGGAAUUUGCUUUGCGUCCUUUUCCUCUGGACUUGGUGAAUUGACGUUCCUACAGCUAUCUACAACCUUUCACCCGCCCUCCGUGGGUGGACGUAGUGUCAGUUACUUCGCGUCUGGAACAGGAGCUGCAGGUCUUGUAGGCGCAUCCAUCUGGUGGCUUGUUCGAGGAUUGGGAGUUCGCACAGGUGUCGGUGUCUCAUCGGUCCUGCCCGUCGUACUCCCAUUGACAUACCGGCUUUUAAUGCCCCGACCUUCCGCAUUUGCAUCGACUUCAUUCCCUUCUGAGGAACAAGAUUCUGCUGAUACCGUACCCUAUGUUCCAUUACCCACAGAUGACGACACCGGCAUAGAAGAUGGUUUGAUCUCCAAGGUUGCUCUAGGACUGUCUCCUAGUGAUAAGUGGCAGCUGGUGAAGCCGCUAUUGCCGAAGUACAUGUUACCUCUUUUUGUCGUGUAUCUGCUGGAAUACACUAUCAAUCAGGGAGUCGCACCUACCCUCAUCUACCCCGUACCAUCUCGUAACAAGUACUGGCUGUUGAGUCACAUCAUACACUCUGUCAGGGAUUACUACCCUUUGUGGCAGCUCGUCUACCAAGCAACAGUAUUCCUCUCGCGUUCUUCGAUAUCUUUCGGAUUGCCUCCACUUCCAGCACGUCUCUUACCCUUACCAGCCAUCCUUCAAGCAGCCGUUUUGAUGAUACUUACACUUGAAUCAGCACUGGGAAUCUUCGACCAUAAAUCGCAAGGUCUGAGCUUUACGUUUGUAUUCCUCCUCAUUAGCAUUGAAGGAAUAUGCGGUGGCUUGGCUUACGUAAACGUAUUCUACCGCAUCAAUCAAGAACAACACGAACACCCCACCAGCCGUGAUCCAGAACGAGCGAAGCAAGAGAGGGAGUUUAGGAUCGGGUCUAUCGGAUUCUCGGAUUCUACGGGUAUCCUGUUGGCGUCGUUGGUGUCAAUGCCUACUCAGGUCGAGUUGUGCAGAGCCCAGGUUGCGAGAGGAAAGACGCUAUGUAAGAGCCUGUAAUAUUUAAUUGAUUGUAUGGGUUUGGACUGUCCCUAUUAUUGCAUUUCCUAUCGUUCCGUCGUUGCAUGCCUCACACAAUAUGAUUAUUAAGUUCAACAUCCCUGGACAGUGGAAGUUACAGUACAGUACUUUCUGCUCGUCGUUGUCCAGUCCUCGGCCC